CAUAUUUUUUGUAAUUAUGUAGAGCCAUCAUUCGCAUUGCUGCAUUUCCUUGUCAUUUCUUGAUUUUGUGUAUACAAAAUUAGCCAUAUAUAGCAAAGUUUUACUAAUAAUUCUUUAUCCCAAGUGUUUGUUCAUCAAAGUCAGAGACGUGCGCUUCCCUUCAUGGACUUUACUGUGAACAAUCUCAUUCAUCUUUACACACUUGUAACUAAUUCAUAAGAACAACUCAUCUUUUUAUAUUCCUCAUCUUCACCUCAAUCACUUGCUUCACUUUGGUUUUCUGGUUAUCCGGUUUCGGAAGUUGUUUAACUGAAGCAUUUGUUGACAACCAGUCUAGAAUAUAGUUAUGACUUGUUUUUCUUGCUUAUUCGGUCGGAAAGAGAACCCUACUUUGGGAGUUGAUGAAGAAAUUGCAGGCAUUGGUAAGGUCAAACUCUACACCUACAAGGAAUUAAGAAAUGCUACUGACGAUUUUAGUGCAGAUCAUAAAAUUGGGGAGGGCGGUUUUGGUUCUGUAUAUAAGGGACGGCUUAAAGACGGGAAAAUUGCUGCUAUUAAAGUUCUUUCAGCUGAAUCAAGACAGGGGGCAAAAGAGUUUUUAACCGAGAUAAAUGUUAUCUCAGAGAUAGAGCAUGAAAAUUUAGUUAAGCUAUAUGGCUGUUGUGUCGAAGGAAAUCACAGAAUUUUAAUCUACAACUACCUUGAAAAUAACAGUCUUGCACAAACUCUUCUCGGAAUGGGUCACAGUAACAGUAACAUCCAGUUCAGUUGGAGAACACGAACAAAAAUCUGCAUUGAUGUUGCACGAGGGCUUGCGUUCCUUCAUGAGCAUGUACAACCAUACAUUGUUCAUAGAGAUAUCAAAGCAAGUAAUAUUCUCCUUGAUAAAGACCUAACUCCCAAAAUUUCAGACUUUGGUCUAGCCAAGCUUAUACCGCCCAACAUGACGCACGUCAGCACACGUGUAGCAGGAACGAUUGGUUAUCUGGCACCGGAGUAUGCAAUUCGUGGGCAGCUCACACGAAGAGCAGAUGUUUACAGUUUCGGUGUCCUCCUUAUCGAAAUUGUCACUGGAAGAAGCAACACAAAUACACUAUUACCUAUUGAAGAACAAUAUCUAUUAGAACGGACAUGGGCACUUUACGAGCUAAGCGAACUGGUUGUCCUCGUUGAUACAUCACUCAACGGUGACUUUGACGCUGAAGAAGCUUGUAGAUUUCUAAAGAUUGGUUUACUCUGCACUCAAGAUUCUCCCAAGCUCCGGCCUUCUAUGUCUACGGUAGUGAAGCUGCUAGCCGGUGAGAAAGAUGUUGACGAUAGAAAGAUAACGAAACCAGGCUUAAUUACAGAUUUCAUGGAUCUCAAAAUACGACCUCCCCCGAAAAACCUGUCUCUAGAAAAUGCAACUGCAAAUGAAGCAAAGACUGGAUCUUCGUAUACAAGCUCCGAUAACCCGGAUGAUCUAACUAUUUCGUCAGGAAAUACGACAAGUGCUGGUACCACAUUUGCACCAUACGAUAGAAGUAAUGAUGUGUCGGUCUGAAAUGUUAUUUGCCCAUUUGAUUUAUUUUUUGUUUAGUUUGUUUUUUAGGUUUGUAAUAUUGUGUACAUUCCAUGGUUCCUUUCUCCAUCUCCAGAUCCCAAACAGCCCUCCCAAUACUCCUUUUAGCCACAAUUUUGGCCAAUACUCAUGUAAAUUAUAUUGUGUUUCAGUAAAAUGAAGAAAUUGUUCCGGCAA